AUGGAGCCCUUAUAUGAAGAAUACCUAGCAAAUCGUGGAACAAUAGUAAAACCUUAUUACUGGCUAAGCUUCUCUCUAGAUUGCUCGAACUGUCCUUACCAUAUUCGGACAGGUGAAGAAGCAAGAGUUCCCUAUACAGAAUUUUAUCAGAUUUUUGGAUUCCCUUAUGGGCCAGCGUAUCCUCAAACAAAGCACCUCACAUUUUAUGAACUAAAAACUUCUUCUGGAAGCCUGGUGCAAAAGGGCCAUGCUAGCAGUUGCACUGGGAAUAAUACCCACCCAGAAUCAAUGCUAUUCGAGAUGAAUGGUUAUUUUGACUCAGCCCUACACAAUAACAACGCUAUCAGGCAUAUCAUUCUGUAUUCCAACAACUCCCCUUGUAAUGAAGCCAACCACUGCUGCAUCAGCAAAAUGUACAAUUUCUUAAUAAUGUAUCCAGACGUUACUCUCAGCAUUUACUUUUCUCAGCUCUAUCAUACUGAGACCGAAUUCCCUGCCUCGGCGUGGAACCGGGAGGCUCUCCAGAGCCUGGCCAGUUUAUGGCCACAGGUCACUCUGAGCCCAAUAAGUGGCGGAAUUUGGCAUUUUCUCCUCAACAGCUUUGUGAGCGGUGUCUCGGGAUCAACUGUUUUCCAGCCCAUCUUAACUGGGAGAGCACUGGCUGAUAGGCAGAAUGCAUAUGAGAUCAAAGCCGUAACGGGGGUGAAACCUUACUUUACCGAUGUUCUUCCCCAGACCAAAGAGAAUCAGAACAUAAAAGCUCAGGCAGCUUUAGAGAGCUACCCCUUAAACAAGGUCUUUCCUGGACAGUCUUUGCAAGUGACAAGGGGACGACCGCAACCCAAUCUGACCCCAGACCUCAGGGUUCCUGUCAUUUUUGUGCUGGUGCCUUUCAGAGACCUACCACCAAUCCACGUGGGUCAAAACCCACAUAAACCCAGGAAUAUCGUGAGGCACUUAAAUAUGCCUCAAAUGUCAUUCCAGGAAACCAAGGACCUCGGAAGGCCUCCCAUGGGAAUGCCAGUCGAAAGAAUGGAAAUCACGGAGCAGCUUGCAAGUAGCAAAGAGAUGGAUGAAAAGAAGAAGAAGAAGAAGAAG